AAAAUAAAGUGAAUAUAAGGGGAGUCCUAUGACUAGUGUCAGGGCGUCUUUGCCUAACAGUCUAAUAAAUAUGCGAAUAAGACGUUCGUAAUGUAAACACAAGUAGCCACUAUUUCACACUUCACACUUGUUUAAUAUAAAUUUAUUUUAAAGCGAGAGUCGUUUUUGACAUUUGGUCGGUUCUGUCAGGACAUUUCUGCACGUUUUUUCGGUUUUUGCUUUGUAAAAUCUGGACUGCAGCAACGCCUCACGACUUCUAUUUUUUUUUUUUCACCCCCACAAUGCUUUGCGGUAGGGGUUGUCGUGUGUGUGCUGUCUGUGGUGCUGAAGCUGCGCGUGCCUCGGAGGCUGCUACCAUAGAAAUCCACCCGAGCAUCCUUCCGCGAGUGGACCAGCGCGAGGAAUCGUUUUUUUCCACUGUUGCAAAACUGCUGGUCGGGGAAUUCAGGAUGCUUCUGCCAGCUGUUCCAGCCUUAUUAAUCUCUUUAUAACUACAAACUGCCUUUACAUUUCUUUAACAUCUGUUCUUAAAGCACAAGCUACAAAUCGGAGACGCUCCUGAAGCUGUUUUCUUGGCGGUUAUUCGAGGCUCGUCGUCUCUCCGGCGCCGCCGCCUGUCCAACCGCCUGUGCCGCUCCAACCUGCAUCCUUUAUGCAGAGCACGCUGCUCCGGUCCUCCCCAACAAAACACACCUUCGUGUCCGAGCACCAUGGCCCGCUCCAGCCGCUUUCACUGAGAGACAUGGAAGCGAAACAGCACCCGAUAAAGAGCCUAAAAAGCUACCCGGAGACCGGCGGCCGGAGCCUGGCAGCGGCCGCCGGAGGAGACGGAGGAGGAGGAGGCAGCGGUGGUGGUUAUCGAGCCGGCUCGGCUGAAAUGGAGAUGGAGACGAAGAUCCAGAAAGCCAUCGACUUCAAGGCGGAGGGUCAUCGCUGCUACAAGGAGAAGAAAUUUCGGGAAGCGAUAGGCAAGUACCACCGGGCGCUGCUGCAGCUCAAAGGGGUGCAUGUUGUCGAUGGGACGACGGGCUCCGAGGUCAACCUGCUGAACCAAGCCGCGGCCAAGCUGACCGAGGAGCAGCGGAGAGCCGUGGAGAGCACCGAGAUCGAGUGCUACGACAGCCUGACAGCGUGUCUGUUGCAGUCCGAGCUGGUAAACUACGAGAGAGUGAAGGAGUACUGUCUGAAGGUGCUGAGCCACCAGAGAGACCACUUCAAGGCCAUGUACCGCGCCGGCAUCGCCUUCUAUCACCUGGGUGACUACGAAUGUGCCCUACGUUACCUGCGUGACGCCAAGAACCGCGAACCCACAGACACCAACGUGCUGCGGUACAUCCAGCUGACGGAGAUGAAGAUGAGCAAGAGUGGACAGCGGGAACGAGAGAGCGGCAAAGAGACCCAGGGCUAAUCCUCGACCUUUUGACCCUCCGAUCCUUCGACCUUUGACCCUAUGAGCAGUCCCAGAUCGACCCUCCCUCUCUCCAUCUCCUCUAUCGACUCCUGACAACAGCACAGCCCACAGACAGAAGAGACCGACCCAAUCACCUGCCAGUGAUGGACAAAAAUGGGGGGGGGCGUAUCAGGAGCUGUCUGCAAUCCAUCUCCCUCUUCCUUCUCUUCCCUCCUCUUCUCCCUUUUUCUCCCUCAGGUGCUGUGGUUCCUCUCCCUAGACGCAGACAGCCGAGCAAACAUAAAAAUAAAAAAUAAAAAAAAGCAAAACAACAAAAAACAAGGAAAAUGCUGUAUUAUACUCAUACGAAACGGUCGUUGUGGUGGACUGAAAAAGGAGCUUCAAAACAUACAUAUGAAUAAUGGACAUUUGCGUGAUUUAGUAAACGUUUUAAAAACAUGAAAUGCAUUUUGUUUGAGCUCUCUUGCUCUCUCUUUUUCUCUCAGCCUUCUCUCUCUCUCUCUCUCUCUCCGUCUUAUUUCAAAAAUCUCGAGGAGAAUGUUUGGGGUUGGGAAACUCGACCACAUCGGGAGGAGGGCAGGGGUGUGUGCAGAGGCAGUUCAGAGCAUUAGCGGGGGAUAGUGAGGGGGGGGGGGGAGUGUGUGACACAUAUCAAGACCAUAGCCCAAUUUGAUUGUACAUCCUUCCCCAACAGGGCUCACCCAGGCCCUUUUACCUAGACUAUGGGACAGACUAGAAAAACCUUUCAUCAAGUAGAGAAGAAGCCUGCCUCUGUGCUGAAUCUAUCGCUCUUCUGUCUCACUUUUCUUUCCUGGAUGCCAUGUAUCUCCGUUUCUGGACUGUGGUUGUUUUUUUGUUUUUUUCAAUUCAAGGGCUAAUUCAAGUGUUUGUAAUCCGUUACUAGGGGUUUUUUAAUUUGCUUUCGAUGUUCAUCAUACUCAGUAGUACGUAAUCAGUCAGGUGAACUAUUGUGGAAACUGGUGUGUCUUGAAUCUGUUGUCUGAAGCCCCUCCUGGGUCCUGUGUCGUCGUUGAUGUUGUUGAGACUGUCAAAGCCCCUCCCUCCCUCUCUACCAUCACCUCCCCACUUUGUUCUCCCGUCAAUGAUGUCACAACGGAAAAUAGCCAAUGGGAUCAGAGCUCCAUCAACCACUGUUGGCUAGAUGGAGAUCCACUUUGAAGUUUCUAAUCUGAGGUCUGACCUUUUUAUUGCUAAUGCUGAAGCUUCCCAGACAUCGACAACACAUCGAGGAGACUCUGGGCAGCAUUAGUGCAGGGAAAACAAUCACACACUUCUGUCCUGACAGUCCAAAACCUCCAUCUUGGAGCACUCCACUUUAGUGCACUUCAACAAGAGCGAGCCAUUUGAGAUUUCUUCCUCUUACAGUUUACUGUAUGUUGAUAGAUAAAAUACCUGUGUUUGGGAAAUGGUUCCAACACACAGCUGUUAGGACAGAUACUGUAACACACAGCGUUAGCAUUAGACACUACUGAUGAUAUGGUUUGUGGAUAUUCAUGACUAGCUUUCAAAAGAAACAUAAAUAAUUUGCCACUGCUUCUCUUGUGAUUUGUGAAGCUGAAUCAUUGAUAAUGCAAAAAAUUGCUUUUCUAAUAACUUUACCACAGAAGUUGAAUCUGCCUUCCUGUUCUGCAGAAGGUUGGGUUGACGAUUUGUGAAAGCAUGACCUGAAUUUCCCGUUUCUCUAAUGCCAUGAAACCCAGUUUCCUCUUUCCCGUGUGCGAGCCCGCCUCCUGCAUGCAACAUUUGGCUCCAGAGAGUUACUUCAGAUGUUAGGGAUGGGGAUUACAUCUGCUAUAUUGCUUUCUGUCAUGGCAUGCUGCCACUAAACUGUUUGCUCAUACCUCUAUUUUAUCCAUUCUGCCCUUUAUAAACACAGAAGGUGGUGACAGACUGUGAUCACAGCAGUAGAAUAGGUAUGAAAUAUGUCUGGAAAAAGGGGAUCUUUAAUAAAUUAGGCUCAACUUCUGUCUCAGCCAAGGUGAGAGAUAAGAGGUAAUUCUUCUGCUUAAAAUAUAGAGAAAAUCAAAGAAAGAUGCUGUAAAAGAUUCCCCCUCCCCAGAUCUUUCCAGUGACCUGCUAGGAGGUAAAUAGGGACCUAAGUGUGUCAAUGGGACUCUGGAGAGACGGCACCAUGUGUUGGAGAGACCGGCAUGAUAAAGAGAGGCUCCAGUGGAGGGAGAAGUAGGCCAUCUGCAGCUCUACUGUGGCAGCGGAGACACAGAAAAGUUCAGAGCUGUUUUGUCAUUAUACACUACAUGGCUAAAAGUAUGUGAGCGUUACACCUGUACUGUAUACGACCUCUGAACAUCUCAUUCCCCAAACUUUCCACAAGAUACUGGGACCUGGCUGCAGGGAUUUGGUCCCAUUCAGCCAUGAGAUCAUUAGUGAUGUUGGGUGAUAAAGGCCUCCUUCCCAGUCAGUGUCCCAGCUCAUCCCAAAGCCAUUGGGGUUUUAGGUCAGGGCAAGUGGUUCCACACCAACCUGGGACCACUACACAUUUAUGAAAGCACACCAUUGUCUAAAACAGAGGUUCCUGUACCCUGUACUGUCGUGACUCCUUUUGGAUUCCUUCUUUCUUUACUGUUCCCAAAUGUCAUCUGAGCUGUGUUUGAAAUCACACGUUCAUUCAUUCAUUCGCUCGCUUUAUAAUAGGCACUCAAUAGUUUGCUCUAUAGUGAGCAGUGAAUUAGGGACACACUAUAUAGUGGAUGAAUAUCACAUUCUGAUCUCAGAUUCAAGUGAAAUGGUGGACAGGAAAUAUAGUGCACUAAUAGACAGUGAUUUCAGACAGCAGACAUUUUGACUUGUCAUAGCAGGAAAGGCACAGGUGUUAUUACAUCAGUUAAUAAUGCUACUUGUUACACCUGUGUUUGACAAGUCAAGAGGCACGCUGUCCCCUCCCCCUAGAUUUCACUGUAUGCUGCAGCCUUAUGACACACAUGUUGAGUAACAGGGGUGUCCACAUAGUUUUGGCCAUAUAGUAUAUCACUCAGAAGAUCUAUCUUAAUACAAUAAUAUAUUAGAUGAAAAGAUUGAUAAAAUGUUCAUGUCUGUACAGUAAAUAUGACUCUGCUCAGUCAGAAGGUUACAAAGUCCGCUGACCAGCAACUCUGAAGUUCACAAAUUAACAUGCUAUUUUUUGUUUGUUUAUUCUGUACAAAAACUGAAAUGUAAAAACAACAAUUUAACAUUUUACAGAGUGGCUAUUUCUACUUGCUACAUAUUUCCCAAAGUGUUUAACUAUUCCCAUGAGUUAUCUUACUGUUCUUACUGAAUGAAAUGAAUUUAAUAAUUUUUUGGCAGCAGUUCCCAUUACUAAUAAUAUUUCACUGGUGUAAAGCACCAAUUACAAUAAGCAAAAUAAUGUCAUGGUUUUUGUCAGUAUCACCCAGCUCUGUGGUUGAUUAGGACUAAAACAUUGGACGCAGACGAAGCCUUCCUCACUCUUGUUGUGCCUCUGUAUUAUGUAGUCUCUCUCUCUCUCUCUCUCUCUCUCUCUCUCUCUCUCUCUCUCU